CGCGUGAGCUUGCGGGUGGAACGCGACGUAUGCGGUAAUCGUGAUGGUGACGACUAUUUGUCUGUGCUAAGAUGACAAUGAAAUGCUGAAGAACUUUCUGUUCAUGAAAAUGGAUGAAGAAGGCUGUUCUUGUGGAUGAACAUUAGUAAAAGUAUUAGUAAAGGGACAUACUUACACAACGAAUAGCAAAAGCCUGCCUCGUCCAUUACGAUCAGCUACAUAUCUCACAUUAAGAUGACAUAGAAUGGGUUGGGUGGCGCUAGGGCGAUGUGCGAGUGGUGGCGGCCGCCUCUCAUCUAUCCUCUCGCUAUCUCUCACCUCCUUCGUGAGUUCCUUAAUCUUCACAUCCCUUUGUAUCCUCACACUUGCCCUUACACUCGUCUCUCUCGUUCGUGCCGAAGACAUUUUCGAGGAAGGAAAAUCGGACAAGGAGAUUCUGGACAACCUGUUACAAUCGACUCGUUACGACAAGCGGCUUCUGCCGCCGGUCCAAGGUACAAAGAGGCCCAUUCCACUGCCAAAGUCAAGGCAACUAAACUUUCACCUUUAUAUCCAAAUGACCCUCGAUCAUCCAGAGCACCUCAAACCGGCAUACCAAGAGCACCGCUACCACUACACAGCACCAUACAACCACAGCUCACUGCUCACUCCUUGUCGUAAGAGAACGUUGACUGUAAACGUGAGCGUAUUGCUGUUAAGCUUAGCUUCUCCUGACGAGUCCAGUCUGAAAUACGAGGUGGAAUUCUUAUUGCAGCAACAGUGGUACGAUCCCCGAUUGCGUUAUAGCAAUAGAUCCAGAUAUGAGUUUUUAAAUGCAAUUCAUCAUUACGAGAACAUCUGGUUGCCGGAUACGUAUUUCAUAAUGCAUGGCGAUUUCAAAGAUCCCAUCAUUCCUGUUCACUUUGCUUUGCGGAUAUAUCGUAACGGCACCGUCAACUAUCUUAUGCGACGUCAUCUUAUUCUAUCCUGCCAGGGUAGACUUAAUAUCUUCCCUUUCGAUGACCCAUUGUGUUCAUUCGCAAUUGAGAGCAUAUCGUAUGAGCAGACAGCGAUUACAUAUGUGUGGAAAAAUGAUGAGGGUACAUUACGAAAAAGCCCAAGCCUAACGUCACUGAAUGCGUAUCUCAUUAAAAAUCAGACAAUCACAUGUCCGAUCAAAGUGAGCUGGCGAGCUGACGGACAAAUCAUGGUUGAGGAGGACGAGUUCGAUGAUUUUGGAGACUCUAAGUGCUCGCUGUGCCAGCGCAGAUUUGAAGAGCAAGGUAAUUACAGCUGCUUGAAGGUGGAUUUGAUCUUCACGCGAGAUCGUUCCUUCUAUUUCACUACGGUUUUCAUCCCAGGCAUUAUUCUAGUAACCAGUUCGUUCAUCACAUUUUGGCUCGAAUGGAAUGCCGUACCGGCGCGAGUGAUGAUUGGUGUAACAACGAUGCUCAACUUUUUCACCACGUCAAAUGGCUUCCGGGGAACGCUGCCCGUCGUUUCAAACUUGACUGCCAUGAACGUAUGGGACGGGGUAUGCAUGUGUUUCAUCUACGCGAGUCUUCUCGAGUUCGUCUGCGUGAAUUACGUCGGUCGCAAACGACCGAUGCACAACGUUGUCUAUCGUCCGGGCGAGAAUCCCGUCACCCAGCGGCUUCCAGCGGUGCUCAGCAGGAUAGGAAUUAUAUUGGCCAGCCCGUUGGGUAAAAAGAAGAGGGAAGGCGGAGCUACUGGUGGUACUACUGGACCGAACGAAAUUGUCGCUUGCACUAACUGCGGACCUAAUCCCUGCACGCAUACGACAACAAACGGUUGCACCGCCGAGUUUUUUCUCUUGCAGCUGAGGAAAAAGGAUCCGCCACAUCCAAUUAGAGUGGCAAAGACGAUCGACGUGAUAGCCAGGAUCACUUUUCCAGUCGCCUAUUUUAUGUUCCUCACUUUCUUCUUCAUUCACUAUAAGGGCACUUCGUAGAACGAUAUUCAACAAUCUCCGAGAAGUCUAUCACUGGGAAAAGAAAGAGUCACAAAUACAAGAUAUGCAAAGACACGAUAUA